AUGUCUCAACCCGCCAAGUCGGGCGAGAGGCGCCCUUCUACCUCCAAGGGGAACCGCAUCACCAACUUCUUCUCAAGCAGCCCUAAAUCCACUGGGGCUCAGCAGGCUCUCGCCGCUGUUCAACAGAACCAGACGGGUGCCACUGGCUUCUCUCCUUCUCCCGGCUUGCCUACCAUCUCUCUUUCGACAGCCAGCCCCGGCGACCCCAACAGCAUCGACACUUCAACAACUACCAUCUUUCAACCCAAGUCCGUUGAGGAGAUUGACCGCCAGAAGCGUGCGGAUGCCCAGUUUGGUCCUCUCCUUCACCCGACCCAUCGAUAUACCAGUCAAUCUCAUGGAGAGCCCCUCGAGCCUCCCGUUGAGGACGAGCCUCCUUACUAUUUCAUUCUUACCACCUACAUCAGCUACCUUAUCCUGAUUGUUCUUGGCCACAUUCGCGAUUUCUUUGGCAAGCGCUUCGGAAACCCCAAACACUACCGGGCUCUCAAGGCUAGCAACGGUUAUGCAGCUCUUAACAGCGAUUUUGACAACUUCUACGUCCGACGUCUCAAGAUGCGUCUCGAUGACUGUUUCGCCCGUCCCACUACUGGUGUCCCCGGACGAUUCAUUACCUUGAUGGACCGCAAGUCCGACGAUUUCAACCGCACAUAUCAAUACACUGGCACCUACACGGAAACCCUCAACAUGAGCUCCUACAACUACCUUGGUUUUGCCCAAUCCGAUGGUCCUUGUGCCGAUGCUGUGGAGGAGUGUGUCAAGCGGUACGGCAUCAGCUUCUGCAGUCCUCGUGGCGCUGCCGGUACUUCGGAUCUUGCUCUGGAAGUCGAGCGCGAAGUUGCUGAAUUUGUCGGCAAGCCUGCUUCUAUGGUCUUCUCUAUGGGUUAUGUUACGAACUCGAGCUCUUUCCCUGCCAUUGUCUCCAAGGGUUGUCUUAUCAUCUCCGAUGAACUGAACCACGCGUCUAUCCGUGUUGGUGCUCGCCUUUCUGGUGCUGUCAUUCAGUCCUUCAAGCACAACGAUAUGGCUGACCUUGAGCGUGUUGUGCGCGAGGCUAUCUCCCAAGGCCAGCCCCGUACUCACCGUCCCUGGAAGAAGAUUUUGGUUGUUGUUGAAGGUCUCUACUCGAUGGAGGGUACCAUGUGUGAUCUUCCCGGAAUUCUUACUCUGAAGCGCAAGUACAAGUUCUACCUGUUCAUUGAUGAGGCUCACUCUGUCGGUGCUCUUGGUCCCCGCGGCCGUGGUGUUUGUGACUACUUUGGCAUUGACCCUUCAGAAGUCGAUAUUCUCAUGGGAACUUUAACCAAGUCUUUUGGUGCCAAUGGUGGAUAUCUCGCAGCUGACAAGCACAUCGUCGACAAGCUCAAGAGCACCAACGCUGCUACUCAAUAUGGCGAGACUCCCGCUCCUUGUGUUCUCAUGCAGAUCUUGGCUUCUCUAAAGCUCAUCACUGGCGAGCUGUGCCCUGGUCAAGGCGAGGAACGUCUUCAACGUAUUGCAUUUAACUCUCGAUACCUCCGUCUCGGACUUAAGCGCCUUGGUCUUAUCGUUUACGGUCAUGAUGAUUCCCCUAUCAUUCCUGUCAUGCUCUACCACCCCGCCAAGCUCCCUGCCUUCAGUCAUGAGAUGUUGCGACGAAACAUUUCGGUAGUUGUUGUUGGUUAUCCCGCGACUCCGCUCAUCAGCUCUCGUGCUCGUUUCUGCGUCUCUGCCGCCCACAACAAGGAGGAUCUGGACCGCCUGUUGGCUGCCUGCGACGAAGUUGGUGAUGUGCUGCAGAUCAAGUUCUCCACUGGUGUGGCAGGCGGACUGGAUCACCUCCCCGAAGGCGUCACACGUGAGAACGAAGAACAAUGGAGAAGGGAGAACAGAAUCCCCCUUACGGCCCCUCGCUGGCGCCUCGAAGAUGUUGUCCGACACGGUGUUCAGGAUUCCAAGGUUCCCCUACGCUAA